AUUUAACUAUCUCACACCUAAACUUCCACUCUUAAAAACCUUUUUAUAUCCUCAACACUUUGGGAAAUUAUUUCUUCCCGUGUUCCGAUCGAAGAAGAAAAACAAAGUGAAAAGAUGAACUGGAUCAGCCGCAGGAUCCAUCUCUACAACGUCACCAUGGGACUUUACAUGCUUGACUGGUGGGAACGCUACCUCUUCAAUACUCUGAUUCUCGUUUUGCUCUGGUUCAUUUUCUACAAUGGAUCUCGAUCCGCAAAAGAGUUCUAUAACAG